AGCUGGGAUAGACUCCAGCAUACCCACGACCCUCGUGAGUAUAAACUUAUGAUUUUUUUAGACUUUUUUUUUGUUGCCAAUUUCUGUGUAAAAAUAUUUUGUAAUGAUGAAAGUUAGGCAUAUUUAAGUGUUGGGUAACAUUCACAUUUUUCCUGUAAUUUUUCACUGUUCAUUACAUUUUUUUAAAUCUCAACUGCUCCAUAUUUAUGCACUCAAUGCACUCAUGGCUGACUAUGCAAGCACUUUAGUCAGAGUGUGGUGAGUUGAGCAGGGCAGCAGGAGGAGCCCUAAAACAGUCGUACUGUCAAGUUAGACCAAAACUUUUCCUUCACUACUUUGUCUUUAUUGCAUUCUCUACUUUUUGCAUCUCCUCUUUUUUCCCCACGAGUUUUUUUUUUAAUCCAUGAAAGCCAUAGUAGUUUCUGAUGCAACAUUUAAUUGAAUAAGCCUCCCAAAAAAAGAAUGUUUAUACUUGUUACCAGAAGCUAAAGUUCAUUAAAGGGUUGAUUUAAUGCCUCUAGUGGAUGCAAAUCUAAUCAACAACGUGGAAACCAAAGUGUGUACUGAAUGAGAACAACAUUUCCAUAUGUUCCCCCUUGUUUCCCAUUCAGGCCAGGAGGGGAAGAGGAGGAGAAGGAGGAGAGAAAGGAAGAGGAGGAGUGCGGAGUUGGGCCGAACUCCUGUGCUGGUGGCAGCGCACAGUCGCACGCCCUGAACUUCACACAGGACGACCAUGGCGCGGCUUCGGCUGGUACUCCUCGCCGCGUUGCUAUGGCAAUGCGGCCACGCGCAGCAGAGAGGAUUAUUCCCAGCAGUUUUGAACUUGGCCUCCAUGGCGGAUAUAACAACCAACGCGACAUGCGGUCUGUCGGAACCGGAGAUGUUCUGCAAGCUAGUAGAACACGUGCCAGGUCAGCCUGUAAGAAACCCUCAGUGUCGAGUCUGCCAUCAGAACAGCGUGAAACCAUUUGAGCGGCACCCCAUAGAAUACGCCAUCGACGGGACCAACCGUUGGUGGCAAAGUCCCUCCAUCAAGAAUGGAAUGGAGUAUCACUAUGUGACAAUAACAUUGGACUUGAAACAGGUUUUCCAGAUCGCCUAUGUGAUCAUUAAGGCCGCCAACUCGCCUCGCCCGGGUAACUGGAUCUUGGAGCGUUCGAUAGAUGGCGUGGACUUUGAACCCUGGCAGUACUACGCCAUCACAGACACGGAGUGCCUGACCCGCUUCAACAUUAAUCCAAGGACGGGACCUCCAUCGUAUACUCGAGAUGAUGAAGUUAUCUGCACAUCCUUCUAUUCUAAGAUCCACCCCUUGGAGAAUGGAGAGAUCCACACUUCUUUAAUCAAUGGCCGUCCCAGUGCAGAUGACCCCUCCCCGACCUUGCUGAACUACACCUCCGCCCGCUACAUUCGAUUGGUGUUUCAGAGGAUCAGAACGCUCAACGCCGACCUCAUGACCCUGACCCUGCGGGACCCCAGGGAUAUCGAUCCCAUUGUGACAAGACGGUACUACUAUUCCAUCAAGGAUAUUUCCAUUGGUGGGAUGUGUAUAUGUUAUGGUCACGCAAAGGCCUGCCCGCUCAACGCUGCUACCAAGAAGUUUAGCUGCGAAUGCGAACACAACACCUGUGGAGAGAGCUGCGAUCGUUGUUGCCCUGGUCAUCACCAGCAACCCUGGAUGGCGGGAACCUUCCUCACGCGACACGUCUGUGAGAAGUGCAACUGCCACGGGAAGGCUGAAGAAUGCUACUUUAAUCAGACUGUAGCAGACCUAUCACUCAGCCUGGACAUCCACGGCCAGUACCGAGGCGGCGGGGUGUGUAUUUCUUGCCGUGACAACACAGACGGUAUUAACUGUCAGAGCUGUCUUCCCGGCUACUACAGACCUGAAGGGGUGACCGCUGAAGAGGAAAACCCCUGCGUGCCCUGCUCGUGUGACUACCGUGGUUCUCAUGGGCAAACGUGCAUUGAGGACUCAAGCCGAGCGACGCCAACCCAGCCACCGGGGUCAUGCCGGUGUAAGGAAGGGUUUGGGGGUCCGCGAUGUGACAGGUGUGCUGUUGGUUAUAUGGGCUACCCGGACUGUCAGCAAUGUAACUGCAGCCUGGAGGGAAGCAGCAACGCUGACCCGUGUACAUCACCCUGCCUGUGCAAGGAAAAUGUGGAGGGAGGCAACUGUGACCGCUGCAAACCGGGCUUCUACAAUCUCCAACGCGACAAUCCACGCGGCUGUGAGAAAUGUUCAUGCAUGGGCGUAGCGAGCCACUGCUCUGCCUCCACGUGGGUUUAUCAGAAUGAGAGCAUUCUGACUGGCUGGCACCUGAGUGGAGAUUCAGGACGGAGGGUGUGGCCAAUCCACAGAGACACACCCCUCUACCUAAGUGUCCACCAUGCAGCUGUUGUGGACAGCCUUGGCUCUGCCUACUACUGGAACGCACCUAAAGUAUACCUGGGAAACAAGCUGUCUGCCUAUGGAGGGGGCGUGGUCUACACAGUGUCGUACAUUACAGAGCAGCAGGAAGAGAUGCCUAUCAGAGUCACCUCAGAACCCGAUCUUAUCGUUGAGGGUGGCGGGAUCAGGAUGAUGGACAGACGGUACGGCCAACCCGUGUACCCGUCCUCGCCGAGCACCAAUCGCAUCGCUCUCCUUCCUGAGAACUUCUUGCUGUCUGAGACUGUUCAGCCAAUCAGUCGGAGGGACUUCCUGACCGUGUUGGCAAAUAUAACUCGACUCAUGGUCAGGGCCUCGUACAGUACGGAACCCAGUGCCGUGUACCGACUCCACAUGUUCUCGAUGCAGGUCGGUCAUCCUUUUGCCAAAGGUGAGCAGAUAGCAUCGGCUGUCGAGGUGUGCUCGUGUCCUCCUGGUUAUGCCGGGACUUCCUGUGAGACUUGUGUUUCUGGAUUCCGAAGAGUGGAUGGUCAUCUGCACGACGGUGUGUGUGAAAUGUGUCGUUGUCAUGGACACGCUACACAAUGCCACCAGAUCACAGGUCACUGCCUGGACUGCUCCCACCACACCACAGGCCCCCACUGUGACGCCUGCCUACCUGGUUACUACGGCAACGCCACCCGUGGGUCAGCCACGGAUUGUCAGGCUUGCGCUUGCCCGCUCAGUCUGCCCGGUAACAAUUUCAGUCCGACGUGCCGCCUCAGCGAGGAGGGGGGGCUGCUGUGUGACCGUUGUCAGUCCGGAUACGCAGGACCACGAUGUGACAGGUGUGCCAACGGCUUUCACGGCCAACCCACGGUCCCAGGGGGCUCCUGCCAGCCUUGUGAUUGCCAUGGAAACCUGGACCUGACUACACCUGGCAGCUGUGAUCCAAUCACAGGCCAGUGUCUGCACUGUCGCCAAGGUUAUGGCGGCGUGGCGUGCGACAGUUGCGACAAAGGUUACUUUGGCGAUGCCGUCACUGCGAAGAACUGCCAGGCCUGUCAGUGCCACGUUAAUGGCUCCGUCUCGGAAGUCUGCAAUAAGGAGACCGGCCAGUGCCUGUGCAAAGAAAACGUGGUUGGACGACAGUGUGACGACUGCAUGCCUCAGACACACGGCAUCGCCACAUUUGGCCGCUGCGUGCCGUGUCACUGUAACUCCUUUGGCUCCAAAUCGUUUGACUGCGACGAAAACGGUCAGUGUCGGUGCCAGCCGGGUGUCACCGGACCGAAAUGUGACCGCUGCUCGAGGGGAUUCUUCAACUUCCAGGAGGGGGGCUGCACACCGUGUCUCUGCAGCCAUGUGGGAAAUAACUGUGACGCCAACACGGGACAGUGCAUCUGCCCUCCAAACACGGUUGGCGAGAGGUGCGACCGCUGCGCCCCCAACCACUGGGGCCAUGAUAUCAUGACCGGGUGCAAGGAGUGUGGCUGCAGUGUGGUGGGCUCGGUGACCCAGCAGUGCAACACCAACACAGGCUGCUGUCUUUGCCAUGACUCCUUCCGAGGAGAGAAAUGUAAUGAAUGUAAGCUGGGCUACAGAGACUUCCCUCAGUGCACCGCCUGCACGUGUAGCAUCUUAGGAUCGGACAGCGAGACGUGCGACCUGGAUAGAGGAGUUUGUGCUUGUGCAGAUCGAACUGGGAAGUGCAGCUGCAAGGAAAAUGUAAUAGGGGACAACUGUGACCGCUGCAAGCUCAACACAUUCGGGUUGUCUGUACAAAAUCCACUGGGCUGCAGUAAAUGUUACUGUUACGGCCUGACACACUCCUGUAUUGAGGCACAGGGACUCAUCAGGAUGUGGUUAACGCUGAGACCUGAGCAGACGGUGCUCCCCCUGGUGGAUAAAUCUAACAUCGUUGAGACGAGAACCGGAGUGACCUUCCAGCACCCUGAGAUCCUCGCCCACUCCGAGCUGGUCACCACAGUUCUUUCCGAGCCGUAUUAUUGGAAACUACCGCAACAGUUCAGAGGCUCCAUGAUCACAGCAUACGGAGGAAAGUUGAAAUAUGCGGUCUACUAUGAGGCCAGAGAUGAAACUGGUCCCUCUUCGUACGAGCCUCAGAUCAUCGUUAAGGGCGGCCCUAACCACAGCAUCGUGAUGACACGUCACGUAGCAGGACUGCAGAUUGGGCAGCUCACACGCCAUGAGAUUGACAUGACUGAGCACGAAUGGAAGCAUGCCGAUGGACGCUUCAUGACGCGCCAGGACUUCAUGGACGUUUUGUUCUACGUGGAUUAUGUCCUCAUUAAGGCGUCCCAUGGCAACCAGAUGAGACACAGCCGUAUUUCAGAGAUCAGUCUGACUGUGGCGGAAGAAGGCACCCCCACCAAGGAGAGUGAGAAGGCCAAUCAAAUCGAAAAGUGUGCCUGCCCAAGUGGAUAUUCCGGACUGUCCUGUGAGGAGUGUGCAGCGGGCUUCUACCGUCUCCGCAGUGGCUCGCAUUCAUCUGCUCCAGCCUCCAGAGCUCCCACUGCUGCGGGCAUGGGCAGCUGUGUUCAAUGCCAGUGCAGCGGCCACUCAACCACCUGUGACCCUGACACGUCCAUAUGCCAGUACUGUCAAGACAACACGGAGGGCGAUCAUUGCGAGCGUUGUGCUCCAGGAUUCUACGGCGUGGUCCGAGGAUCCCCUGAUGACUGCAAACCUUGCGCCUGCCCCCUCACCUACCCUGGAAACAAUUUUAGUCCUUUGUGCGUAGCUGACGGCUUCGACGACUACAGAUGCACGGCCUGUCCUGAGGGAUACGAGGGAAAAUACUGUGACAGAUGUUCCACUGGUUACCAUGGCAACCCCCGGAUGCCUGGUGGUCGAUGCGAGGAGUGUAAGUGUUCCUCCUGGGGGGCGUUGCCUGGACCGUGUGACCCUGUGACUGGCCAAUGCCGGUGCAAGGUCGGGGUGUCUGGGAGGUCAUGUGACCAGUGCAUGGACAGGCAUGUGUGUGGACCAUCUGGGAUCAUCUCGUGUGACGACGAGUGCUCGGGUUUGUUGAUCAGUGACAUGGACCGCCUGUAUCGCAUCAUCACUGACGUCACCCUGACUACACCCCUGCCACCCCCGUAUAAGAUCCUGUACCGCUUUGAGAACAUGACUGAAGAACUCAAGCACAUGCUGUCGCCUCAGAAAGCCCCGGAGAGAUUACUGCAGCUGGCUGACUCCAACCUGGGAUCACUGGUUGCUGAGAUGGACCAACUCCACAGCAGGGCCACUAAGGUGUCCGCCGACGGGGAACAGGUGGAAGACGAUGCUGACAGAAUUCAGAAGCGAGCCGAGGACCUGGAGAAGUUCAUCCGGGACACGCUGCUGGGAGCUCAAGACCUCCAGUCCAAGGCGGACGAAUUGAAUCGGAUGCUGGCGCGCAAAGAUGGAACGCCAGACAAAAGUCUGAAACAGAUAAAGGAGGAGAUUCAAGCCAUGCUGGCCGAGAUGAGGAAACGGCAGCUUGGAGGGAAGAAGAUCGUUGCUGAGGAGGAGAUGGAUCUUGCCGAGCAGUUAUUCCUGAAAGUGAAGAGGAUGUUUGGCGACCCUCAUCAGGCCACAGAAGACCUCAAAGCAGAAAUAAAAGGGAAGCUAUCCGACCAUGAGAACAAGCUUCGGGAGGCCCAAGAUCUUCUUCACUCUGCUCGGGAAAAGACCAGGAUGGCAAGCUCGCUGGGUGACCAGAACCAAGCCAACCUCACAAUCUUAGAGAGGAAGCAUUCUGCUGUCCUUGGGGUGAAACAACAAGCCCAAAAGGUCCUUGGAGAAGGAGAACACCUCCUGGAUGAAGCAAACCAGCUUUCCGACAACAUCAAUAAGGAGUUAGAGGACGCAGAGGACAUGAAAAGAGAUCUCCAUCCUCUUCACGAGCAGCUGGAUGACAAAGUCCGUCACCUCACCGACGGCCUCGGUGGCGGCAGCCUGGCUGGUCGUGUGCGUGCGGCCGAGGAUCACGCUCGACAGCUGAAUGAAUCGGCCGCCAUUUUGGAUGGAAUUUUGGCCGAAGCGAAGAAUUUGUCUUUCAACGCAACAGCUGCGUUUAAAGCGUACACCAACAUCAAAGCCAAUGUGGAUGCAGCCGAGAAAGAGGCCAGGACAGCCAAACAGAGGGCAUCAGAAGCCCUGGCGAUGGCUUUAGGCCCUGAGAUCCCAGUGAAGGAGGAGGCUCAAGGUGCCCUCCAGAAGAGUCUGAGGCUGCUGAACCAAGCGAAGCAACUCCAUAAUGACGUCAAAGAUAACGCCCAGAGUGUUUCUGGACUGAAGGGCCGAGUUAAAGCUGCAAGGGACAGAACCAAAGACCUGCUCAAAGCUAUCAAUGGAACCAUGGCAACACUCACCGCUAUCCCCAACGACACAGCAGCCAAGUUAGCCGCGACAAAGGCCGUCGCCGCUGACGCUAAUGCUACAGCCAUAGACGUCCUGGAGCGUCUUGCGGCCUUGAACCUGCAAAUGCAUGACAUACAGAAGAACUAUAGCCGAUUGGCCGACACGGUCAGCGCCGCCAACCAGAUGAUCCAGGACCCUGAGAAAAACAUUCAUGCCGCGGGGGCUAAGGUGAAGGAUUUAGAAGAUGAAGCCGACAGGCUGUUGGAGAAGCUGCAGCCAAUCAGAAAACUGGAGGACAAUUUGCGGCGAAACAUCUCUCAAAUCAAGGAGCUCAUCAACCAAGCCAGGAAACAAGCCAACUCCAUUAAAGUGUCGGUGUCAUCAGGUGGUGACUGUCUUCGGAGUUACCGCCCAGACAUCAGGAAGGGCAGGUACAAUACUAUCAUCCUUCACGUCAAAACCACCACGCCUGAUAAUCUGCUCUUCUACCUCGGCUCUGCCAAAUAUGUUGAUUUCUUGGCCAUAGAGAUGCGCAAGGGCAAAGUGUAUUUCCUCUGGGACGUUGGUUCAGGUGUCGGAAGGGUGGAAUAUCCCCAUCUGACCAUCCAUGAUGGGAACUGGCACAGAAUCGAGGCUUCUCGUAAUGGAUUGAACGGUACCAUAUUAGUGUAUCCUCUGGAAGGCCCGACGGCCGCCAUGGUGCCGAUCCCAAGCAGCGCCAACUCUCCCACGGCAUAUAGCAUCCUGGAUGUGGACCAGAAUGCCUACCUGUUUGUUGGCGGAAUACUCGGCACGGUCAAGAAAGCGGAUGCUGUUAAGACAACAACGUUCACAGGCUGCAUGGGGGAGACAUUCCUGGAUGGGAAACCUAUUGGACUUUGGAACUACAGAGAGAGACAGGGAGACUGUAAAGGAUGUGUUGUCAGCCCCCAGACUUCAUACGGUGAAGGGACGGUCCAGCUGGACGGGGAAGGCUAUGCCGCUGUGGGACGACCCACGAGAUGGAACCCGAAUGUUUCCAGCGUUACAUUCAAGUUCCGAACGUUCUCCUCUGAUGCACUGCUUAUGUAUCUGGCAACCGAAGACAUGAAGGACUUCAUGUCCUUGGAGUUACACGGGGGCAAGGUGAAGGUGAACUUUGACCUCGGGUCUGGCGUUGGAAGCGCCAUAUCAGCUAACCGCCAAAAUGAUGGUCGCUGGAAAUCUCUGACCAUGUCUCGCAACAAGAAGCAAGCCACAGUGACCAUUGUGGACAUCGACUCCAGUGCCGAGGAGAAGAUAGUGGCCACAUCUCAGGGUACAGCCACGGGUCUGAACCUCAAGGAGAACCAGAGCAUUUACUUUGGAGGUCUGCCGACCAUUGGAAACUACAGCAUGAAAUCCAGGUCGGAGGUUAUGCUGAAGCGAUAUGUUGGCUGCCUUCGGGAUAUUGAAGUAUCCCGAACUCCAUAUAAUCUCCUUAGUAGCUCAGAUUAUACUGGAGUUACUAAGGGGUGUAAUGUCGAGAACCUGCACACGGUCAGUUUCUCCAAGCCGGGAUACGUGGAGCUUGAUGGGCUGUCGCUGGCUGUCGGCACCGAGAUCAGCCUGUCGUUCAGCACUUUGGUCGAUACCGGUACCUUGCUCUUAGCAGUGGGCGGGGCUCCACCCAUCAACCAACAGGUCCGUAACAAGAAUGCCCUUUCUCAGAGGAAACGCAGACAAUCAGGAGAGCCCUAUCUCACAGUGAUGCUGAACAAAGGCUCCCUGGAGGUUUUGGUGUUUACAGGCAGCCACAGUGUGCGUCGUGUCAUUAGACGGCCCGAGCAAGGCAUCCUGAGUGACGGCAGAGAACACUCGCUGCGCAUUGAGAGAUUACCUGGCAGAUCUUUUGCAGUUCAAGUGGACGAGGAGGCGAAGAGAGAGGCGGCGCUGCCCAACGACCAGCCAAUCGCCUUGCAGCGUGUUUUCGUGGGUGGCAUUCCCGCCGAGGUGGAGCAGACGUCUAACAGGGCCAACGUCCCAUUCCAGGGAUGCAUAUGGAAUCUCAUGAUCAACACCGUCCUCUCGGACUUCUCCCAGGCAGUGUCUUUUGACAAUGCUGAGAUUGGCCAAUGUCCCAACCUGGCCCCGCCCCUUCUUCCACCUUACCAGCCGGAAGAGGAGGCUGGGAAGGAGGAAGUGGUUAAACAAGAACUCCCUGCACCGACUCCUGUGCCUGUUACAUCACCCCCUGGACUUCCUGCUGAGGCCACGCCCCCUGCUGUACCCGCCGCCACACCUUCUGCUGCCACAGCCCGGCCCACCGCCGACACGGACUCGUGUCCCUCAGCGGUGGCCCCAGUGGCUCUGGAGAAGUCCUACCAGUUUGGACUGAGCAAGAACAGUCACAUGAGCUUCGCUUUCGAUGACGCCAAAGUGAGAGAAAGGUUGAUACUGGAGUUUGAACUGAGAACCCAAGAAGAAUCAGGACUUGUUCUCUACAUGGCCAGGAUCAACCAUGCUGACUUUGUUUCCAUUCAGAUCAAGGACGGACAAGUGUGUUUGGGUUACGACCUCGGUCAUGGGAACACGUCUGGAUGUGUUCCCUUCUCCAUCAAUGAUGGCAUCUGGCACAAGAUCCGAGUGACUCGCAGCAAGCAGAGGGCUCUCCUGGUGGUGGAUGGACGCUACAGUAAACAGAUGAUCAGCCCCAAGAAGGCUGACCUGUUAGAUGUGGUGGGAAUGCUGUACGUGGGCGGCCUACCACAAAACUACACCACCAAGAGGAUCGGACCGAUUCUGUACAGCAUCAAUGGGUGCAUCCGUCGUUUGAAGAUGGUGGGCGGUCCUGUCAGCACCAAGGUGGCCACUCCAGGUCGUUCUGAGGCGCUCAUCGAGGACUUCAAGCUCGACAUGGCGACGCCGACGUCCAGUCACAUGGUCGGAAGAUGCUUUGCUGCGACUGAGGCGGGAACUUAUUUUGAUGGAACGGGCUUCUUGAAAGCAGUGUCCGCCUACAGAGUGGGUCUGGAUGUGUCCAUUGCGUUGGAGUUCCGAACCAGCAGAACUAAUGGUGUCCUUCUGGGCAUCAGUAACCAAGGCAACGAUGGGCUGGGUCUGGAGAUCGUUGAUGGCAAGCUGCUUUUCCACGUUGACAACGGCGCAGGACGCAUCACGGCGCAGCACGCGCCCGAUGGCGCCGGCUUCUGUGACGGCCAGUGGCACUCGCUUGUCGCCAACAAGCUUCGUCACAGAGUGGAGCUGACGGUCGACGGCAAGCAAAGUCAAGCGGAGAGUUCAAACGUGCGGUCCAACACCUGCGACACCAACGACCCCAUCUAUGUGGGGGGGCACCCAGAUGGUGUUCGCCAGGCAGCUCUCUCCAGCCACACUUCCUUCAGAGGUUGUAUGAGGAACCUGAAGAUCACCAAAUCCUCCAAGACCAUGGAGGUGCACUUCAACAAGGCUCUGGAAGUCAAAGGAGUCCAACCACUCUCUUGUCCUGCCGUAGCUACAUAGCAACGUCCGUGAAGCUCCUUUCUUCCUAAUGGCAAAGACUUCAGUCUGCUAAAUAAAUAUGUAAUAUCUACUAACCAAAGUGGAGGAAAUGCACUAUUUUGUGAUUGGUCCACUUCACCCGACUUUAAAAAGUCAGCAUCUUUGACUCACUAGGACUUAGUCCAGGACCUGGAACAGUUCCCAAGAUCCUGCUGCAGAGCUGACCUUGUUAUCCAUUCACUAACAGCAAACACAAAAGGUGCUCACGGGCAAAUUAUCAGGUAUUUGGUCACUUUAAAUAUCCUACCAUCAUAAUGACAAUACAUAGUUUUAUUGUAUUUCCACAAAAAUUACAAACAAUAUAUCUCCGUCCUGUUUCUCCUUUCAUUUCUUUCAAUGAACGACUUUUGGAAAUACUACCUUUAUUAACCUUGUUAGUUAGUAAACUUGUCUUUAGUUCCUUCUGUGCGCCUCUCUAUUGCCACACUGUAAAUGAUGUUAAUAUGAAGGCUGAAUGCUGCUUGUGUGAUGUUGUGUUCAAGUACUUUCACUACACGUUUUUAAAAGGCGCUACUUAAAUCAAAUAAAAGGCUUGAAUUCA